UUUUUUUUGUUUCUCCCGCUUAUAUUUUUGUAAUUAUUCAAAAAAUUAUUUCGAAUAUAAAAGAAAAUACUGUUCUUAUUGCAAAAUGACUCUUACACGAGCUCAACGCGCAAAAAAUAUGAGAUCAUUAAAAGAAUAUGUUUCUAGUCAAGGUAGUAGUAAUGUAAACACAAUAAAAAGAUCUUCGGAGAAGGCAGCUGGCGCUAAUGAUAAACUAAAACAACGUCGAACCAGAAGUGGGAGAAAGGUAGCAGACUAUUAUGAACCAACUUCUGGUUCAUCUGAAGACUAUGAUAGUAAUUAUUUAACCUUAGAUGUUGACGAUCAAAAUAAAAAUCCAAAGGAAUCUAUUACAGCUAUAGUAAAUCAAAAGGGAAUUGUUGAAAAAUUUCAUGAAGAUUUUGAAGAUACGCUUAAUUCUGGUCAUUCUUCUGAAAGUGAACAAGUGAAUUUACAAAAACGUCUUGGAUUUCCCAUUUUUACUAAGAAAUUUCUUAAUUAUGACCGAAGCAAGCGUACUCAACAACAAAAACUUGAACAAGAAAAUAAAUUAACUUCAAUAGAAAUUGAUGAUCUUCGUGAAAAAAUUCAAGAACUUAAAGCUAAAUCUGAAAAAACCCUAAAAGAAUCUGAUGAAAUACAAAGAUUAAACAACGAAUUAACAGAAUAUAUUGAAAAAAUUAAAUCAUCUUUAAUUCAAUUAGAAAGAGAAAUUGGUCCCACAGUUAGAUCUUCUGGUGUCAAAUUAGAUGAUACUGAAAAUAUGGUUGCCUAUAUUAAUGAUUUUAGAAAACGUAUUGUUAGUGGAUGUCUUUUACAACCCGAGUAAAUAGAUUUUAUGUGGUUAAAUGUAAUUGGUAACGAAUUUAUAAUCUCUUGAAAGUCUAAUUAUAAUUUUUAUGUUCACUAUUAGUAUGACGUUUAUUUGACAGUUUUCGUUAAUACUGCAUAUGGCUAAGAAAUUUUAAAUUCUGGAAUAAAUCUUAUCUCAAUUUUUAUAAUUGGUUUGAUAGAUUGUAUCACGUAGCACGUUUAGAAAAAAGUAUAAAUAGCUGAAAAAAAAA